AUGGCUUAUUCCUCGAAGCAGAAUACAUUUAUUGUAAUGUCUUAUUAUCGAAAUGGCACAUUCAUCAAUGGUGGAUGGAGUUACUCGGUAGUAGCCUGUAAGGAUGAGUACCUGGCGAAAUAUUCUAAUGUACAGAUUCAAGAAUUUUCUUUGAAAGCCCACAUCAGAACAGUGAUGAACAGAUUCAUCCAAAAUGGAAACGUUAAUAAAAAGAAAUCAACAGGAAGGCCCCAAAUAUCGGAAGAAGUUGUCGAAAAUCUAAGGGCGCGUGUUGAGCAAAAUCCCCAAACGUCAUUGAAGAGAUUAUCUUCACAAUCUGGUGUGCCACUAAGUACAUACCAUAAAGUGCUCAAGGAAAGGUUGCAUUUGUACCCUUACUAG